GCGAGCGCGCGCCCUCCCCAACUCGCGCGACUACAGAGACGCUCCAGCCUAUGAUUCAAAGUAGUGUAGACUUCUUGCCAGGCUCCAGCUGUCUCUAGUCUCUUCAGGAAUGAGAAGCGAUGGCCGGCUCUGCCAACGAGGAGAAAACAUUCAAGAGGUUCUUGGAGCUCUUCUUGCGGGAGGUGAAACCGCCUCUUCAGGAGGACGUACCUCUACCUAUGCGUCCCUUUUCGGACCUCAUCUCGGAGGACGAGGUGGAAGGGGAAUGUCUCGACCUGUGUCUCCAGCACCUGUGUAAAUAUAAUUGCCCGUUUUCCUUGGCUGCAGCCCUGGCCCGUGGUACUGCAGACAGUAUCCUGCAAAGCGAUCUCUCCGUGUAUCAUCUCAACAAGAGUGUGGAGGAUGGCACAGACACGCUGCUUCAGAUUGAUUCGAUGAAGCUGGCCCGGCUGGUCUUUAAUAAGCUCUGUGAGACGUGCUGUCAUUGGCUAAAAGAGUUUCCGUAUCGCCAACGCCACUUACCGUACUAUGAGACCUCCAUCCAUGCUAUUAAAAACAUGCGCCGAAAGAUGGAAGACAAACAUGUGGUCAUUCCUGACUUCAACACGCUCUUCAAUCUCCAGGAUCAGGAAGAGCAGGCUUAUUUUGCCGUGUUUGAUGGUCACGGUGGGGUGGAUGCUGCUAUCUACGCCGCCAAUCAUCUUCACGUAAACCUGGUCAGACAAGAAAUGUUCAGUCAAGACCCCGGAGAGGCCCUGUGUCACUCCUUCAAACUGACAGAUGAGCGGUUCAUACAGAAGGCGUCACGUGAGAACCUGCGCUGUGGCACCACAGGGGUCGUGACCUUUCUGAGAGGUCACACACUGUACGUGGCCUGGCUGGGCGACUCACAGGUCAUGAUGGUGAAGAGAGGUCAACCGGUGGAGUUGAUGAAACCACACAAACCAGACAGAGAGGAUGAAAAAAAGAGGAUUGAGGCUCUGGGUGGGUGUGUGAUCUGGUUCGGCACAUGGAGGGUGAAUGGCAGCCUGUCCGUGUCGAGAGCCAUUGGUGACUCAGAACACAAGCCCUAUAUCUGUGGUGACGCUGACUGCACCGCCUUCAACCUGGAUGGAAGUGAGGACUACCUGAUCCUGGCGUGUGACGGCUUCUACGACACCGUGAAUCCAGAAGAAGCUGUGCGAGUGGUUAGCGACCACUUGCAGGAGAACAACGGGGACACUGCCAUGGUGGCCCACAAGCUAGUGGCCUCAGCCCGAGAUGCAGGGUCCAGCGACAACAUCUCGGUCAUUGUGGUGUUCCUCAGGGACCCCCGUUUGCCCCCACCCUCGGAUGAACCGGAGGAGCAGGAAGGGGAGCCGGUGGAGGACGCAGGAGAGGAGGAGGACGAGGAAGUAGAGCCUUUGCAGAGUGAGCUGGUGUGUCAAGACGGAGGGGCGGAGAAUGGAGGAAAGAACCGGGCCGGCUGGCCACUCCAGCAGUGCUCGGCUCCGGCUGACCUGGCCUACGAAGAACGCAUGGAUUCGUUUACGGAUAGAACAAGUCUGAGCAUCAUGGGGCCAGACCUGCGUGCAGAGACUGGCUGCUUCAGACCCUCAGCUUCAUCCAGCCUGUCCCAGAUGAGAACCAUUACACCAGAAGUCAUACCCCCCUAUGGUGGGGCCGGUGCGGCCUGGCGCCUCUACCAAGUGGACGGCUCUUCUGGGUACAGGCAAAAGCCACAGCCUAAACCCAGAGUGCCCUCCUACACACAGACCACCUCAGACGGACAAUUGUUGGAGGUGGCUGCGCUCUUCCCCCAGGAAGGUCGGAGAAAGAGGCGGCUGGGGAUAAUGCCACUGAGGAGGGAAUCUCAGCGCCUGAUCCAGAGGGCUAGAGAGGGUCAGGGUCCUCUGAGCUGCUUCCCUAGUGUGCCCUAUCCUCUCCGCUCCCCAGAGAGGAAGCCUGGGAUAGCCUUUCCCCAUAUAACCCACAGCAAAAGGGUCUAAUCCGCAACUUACUUGACCCAUCAUGCCCCCCUUUCUCCCUGAGGCUAAAACCCUAACCCUAACACUCAUUUCACACAACACAUGAAGUGGGCGUACAUACAUGUACACUGUUCCAAAACCUAGUGAACAUCCUUCAUAGGCAGCAUUUUAAGGGACCUUUUAGAUGGACAAAUUUGGACAAAUUGUAAGGCAGCAUCGCUUGUAUCCUUUGCAGAACACAAACUUAGAAAAGAAAGAGAAAUGAAAAUCUUGAUAUUUAUGUAAUUCAAACCUGACUGUUUUACCCAAUAUUUGUGUGUGCUAUAUAUAGUUAUGGUUAUCACUAUGGAAGCUUAUUUCUGCAAUAGAAU